AUGGCACCAAAUAACGAAAAGUACGUCGUCUUCGACAUCGUAGGCACAAUCGUCUCCUACGACAUGCUAGUCGAAGCACUGGACAACCAACUCGGCGAAAAGCUCCGCGCUGAGAACGUCAAACCAAGCCUCUUGGUCAACCUAUGGAUAGAAGCAGCUGAGAGGGAAUAUACGUACCUCAGCAUGACGAACCGUUACGUCGAGUUUGACAAGCUCUUCUCUUCCCUAUUCUACCGAAUGCUAUGGCUGUCUGGUAUUCCCGAACCCCGCAGUUUCGCAACCGAAGCGGAUAUUGAGAUGGUCACUAAGGGAUACUUUGCCUUGGAGCCAAGACCCGAUGCCAAGGAGUGCUUUGAGAAGCUACGCGAUGCUGGGUUUACGGUCAGGGGUCUUACGGCUGGAGACUAUGACAGGGUGCUUUCAUAUUUUACCAAGGCGGGCAUCGAGUUUCCCAAGGAGCACCUUAUUUCGUGUGACUCCUUUGGGGUGGGGAAACCUGAUCUCAAGGCUUAUGCUUCGACCUUUGAGGAACUCAAGGAUGCCCAGGAGCUUUGGUUUGCAGCUGCACAUAUGUGGGAUGUGUCAGCAGCCAAACAAGUUGGUUUCAAGUCCGCAUAUUGCUCCGUUCUGGAGAAGGAAGCUUGUGUAGACAUCUUUGGGGAGAUGGAUGUCAUGUCGGACUCAUUGAGUGAAAUGGCAGAUAUGAUCAUCAAGGCUUCAUCUUAG